CAUGAAUAAACAUAACUUUUUAAUACUGCAUCGAGAGACUGGUAGAUGGUGUGGAGGUUUAGUUGGGGACUAUUGACACAAAACCCGUGGACCCCAACAAAUCUCCUAAAAAGGACUAUUUUGCCUCCUUCAAGUCAUCAGGGUGACUAUGGCGCACGCCGGGGCUCUCCGCGCGUCCCUGCUGCUGAUUUUACUGCAGUUAGUCCUGAUCAUCUCAGCACAGAGGGGGCCAGUUGGUCCAAGAGGACCACCUGGACCUCCAGGGCUUCCUGGUUUUUCUGGUGUUGACGGCAUUGAUGGUGAUAGGGGACCUGGCCCUGGCCCAGAUGGCCCCCCAGGCCUUGAUGGGGACAAUGGCAAGGAUGGAUUAAAUGGCCUUCCAGGAAAACCAGGAGCGGAUGGUUUGACUGGGCCCCGUGGUGCCCCUGGCCCUGUUGGCCCUCCUGGACAAAAAGGUGAACCUGGUGAGCCGGGACCAAGGGGAGCCAUUGGUGUUGGAGAGGAUGGUGAAGCUGGUGCUGAUGGGGAAGAUGGGUUACCUGGAGAGCUGGGCAAAGCUGGACCUCCUGGAAGUCGUGGACCGAGAGGUCCUGUUGGUGAUCCAGGACUGGCAGGGCCCAGAGGCCCUCCUGGAGUCUGGGAUGGUAAGGAGCUGUGUCCAAAUGCCUGUACUUCUGGCCUGAAUGGAUACACAGGUCUUCCAGGCAUGAAGGGCCACAAAGGUGUCAAAGGUGAAUCAGGUGAACCAGGAAGGCAAGGACAUAAGGGUGACGAAGGAGACCAGGGAGCACAUGGAGAGCCAGGAGCACAAGGCCUUCCUGGUCCACAGGGUCUCAGAGGAAUCACAGGGAUGAUGGGCCCUAAAGGGGACAGGGGACUCCGUGGAAAUGUUGGCGACCUGGGCCCUCAGGGUAUUCAGGGCGCUCCUGGUGAUCGGGGUCAAAGAGGAAAAGUAGGUGAGACUGGACCAAAAGGAGCUCAGGGACCUCGGGGGUUGCAAGGACUUUUGGGUUUACCUGGACCGAAAGGAGAGACUGGUCUGCCUGCGGUGGAUGCUCGUGAUGGGAUUCCAGGGCUGCCCGGAGUGAAGGGUCUUCCUGGAAAAGUUGGCUCGCCUGGUGAGGCUGGACUUCAGGGAUUUCCAGGUUUGCCAGGCAUUUCAGGAGCAAAAGGUCACAUGGGUGAAAAAGGAAAUACUGGUGAUCCAGGUGUGGCAGGUCUGAUUGGAAAUAAUGGAAAAACAGGUGAACGUGGCGAGCAAGGAGAGGUGGGACCAGUCGGCCCAAGAGGUGGGCCAGGUGAGAGAGGAGUGAGAGGUCCUGAUGGGUCUGCAGGCUCACCAGGUGCAAGGGGUUCUAAAGGAGAUCCGGGCCUUCCUGGUCUUCCAGGGCCUGCUGGCUUCAUCGGGCAGAAAGGCGACAGGGGAGCUGUUGGUCUAACUGGUCCAAAAGGAGAGCAAGGCCCACCUGGUGAAGAGGGAACACCUGGAGACAAAGGAGAUGUUGGUGAUGAGGGAGAGCCAGGCGAGAAAGGAUCGGUGAGUUUGCUUUGA